AUGUCCACCCAAGCGAAUGGCGCUGCGGCGCCAGACCACCCCGUCGCCCAAGACGUCGCCCAGGACCUCGUCGCCCACAGCAGUCCGGAUGCUAUCAUGACCGACGCCGACGCCGACGCCGACCAAGACGCUUCCACGCCCAUGGGUCUGCGAUCGCCACCCGAAAGCGACAAGGCCAUGAACCCCGACGAGGCUUCCGAUUCCGAGCUCAGCGAUCUAGAUGACGACGUUGCCGACAAACUCGACCAAGACCUUACGUUCGAUCUCGACCUCGGCUCCGACCCUCUGCCUGAUUCGAAAACCGGACAUCAGCAGCCUGAGCCGAGCGUCUCGCAUGAGCAUGAGCCUGCCGCCACGGCCACGGGAAAAAGUACACAGAUCAAGGAGGAACAAGAAGGCGAAAGAAAAGAGGCAACUUCACACUCGCAACAGCCAGAAACCGGGGCAGCGUCUGCGACCACCCCAAUGUCUCCAAGUGAGGACAUUGGCGACAUCUUGCCGGAUAGAUAUGAGAACAAUGUUCCUGUUUUCAAGCCAACCAUGAAGCAGUUUCAAGAUUUCAAACUCUUUAUGGAAAAGGUAGACAAAUAUGGCAUGAAAUCCGGCAUCAUCAAGAUCGUCCCUCCCGAGGAAUGGAAGAGCGCGCUGCCGCCACGGGACGAACUGGUCAAGCAGGUCCGUGUUCGCGAACCAAUCAAGCAGGAGAUUAUGGGCCAGAACGGAACCUAUCGCCAGGUCAACAUUCUCCAUCAGCGAUCCUACAACCUACCCCAAUGGCGUCAGCUUUGCGAACAGAGCGAACACCAGCCCCCUGCGCGACGAGGCGAGCGACGAGCCAAUGCCGAAAAGAACAAGCCCGCUGCUCGAAGCCGCGCUGCUGCGGCUGCGAACGCUACCACAUCCACCAAGACAACGGCAACUACAAAAGGAAAACGAAAAGGCAGGCUUACGCGAGGAUCGGCAAAGGCCGCUGCGGAUGAAACCGACGAUCCCCCCAUAACUCCCGUGUCACCACCGCCCGAAGACCAAGACAAACCACUUGAGUCGAUUGAGGAGGAGGAUAUUAAGGACGAAGCUUGCGAGGAAGAAGAGAGCACUCCCAGAGUUGGCCGAAUGGGCUUUAGCAGGCAAAGCAAGCCCAAGAUGCAAUCGACAUCGGCACGGCGCAAGUACAUUCGUCGGGAAGGGUCGGCCAUGAUCGACGAGGCGGCUUUCAAGAACUGGGAUUACCGUAUGGACGUGUCCGAGUUCACACCCGAGCGUUGCGAAGAGCUGGAAAGGAUAUACUGGAAGACUUUGACAUAUGCCCCUCCGCUAUACGGUGCCGAUCUCCCCGGAACCUUGUUUGACGAGUCGACCGAGAAUUGGAAUCUCAACAAACUUCCCAACCUGUUGGAUGUUCUUGGUACAAAGGUUCCUGGCGUCAACACGGCGUAUCUAUACCUGGGUAUGUGGAAGGCGACCUUCGCAUGGCAUUUGGAGGAUGUCGAUCUUUACAGUAUCAACUUCCUCCACUUCGGUGCUCCCAAGCAAUGGUAUAGUAUCUCGCAAGCGGAUGCCCGUCGGUUCGAGGCUGCCAUGAAGAAUAUUUGGCCAACCGAUGCCAAAGCUUGCGAUCAGUUCCUUCGCCACAAGUCCUUCCUGAUUUCACCUUCCCACCUCAAGCAGCACUACGGCAUCACGGUCAACAAGGUCGUGUCCUAUCCCGGCGAGUUCGUCGUGACUUACCCCUAUGGCUACCACUCUGGCUACAACUUGGGCUACAACUGCGCUGAGGCUGUCAACUUUGCGUUAGACAGCUGGCUCCCCAUGGGCAAGAUUGCCAAGAAGUGCCAAUGUGCUCAAGCUCAGGACAGUGUCUGGGUGGAUGUCUACGAAAUCGAGCGUAAGCUGCGCGGUGAGUCGACAGAAUACGAGGUGACAGAGGACGAGGAUGAAGAGGAAGAAGAGGACUCGGAAGAUUCAGACCAAGAUACCGGAUUGCCUAGUCCGCCGUCAGGUUUGGACCAAAGAGGGGGGAAGAGAGUCAGAGCAGCGGGGCAGAAGAGGAAACGGGAGGCAAACAACAAGGGUACACAAGCGAAAGCAAAGAGAACUCGCUACCGCCUCAAGGCACCUGUCGAGCCGCCGUGUUGUCUGUGUCCGAACGACAUUCCCGGGGCGGAGAUUAUGCCUACGGACGAUGGCCGCAAGGCUCACCGGAUGUGUGCUCUUUAUCUACCAGAGACCUACAUCGAGACCGUCGACGACCAGGAGAUUAUUGCGAAUGUGGCGGGCAUCGACAAGGCCCGCUUGGAGCUCAAGUGCCUGUACUGCCGGUCCAAAAAGGGUGCUUGCUUCCAAUGUUCGCAAAAGAAGUGUCCCAGGGCGUACCAUGCUACCUGCGCAGCAGCAGCUGGCGUGUUUGUGGAGGAAGGUGAUGUGCCGGUUAUCGGAGAAGAUGGGACGGAAUACAAGGAGCAGGCAUUUGAGUUCAGCUGCCGCUUCCACAGAGUCAAAAGAGACCGCAAAACAGAAGGCACUAUACUUGAAGACGAUCCGGUGGUGCGCAAGACUGCAGAGGCACUCAAAAAGAACGACAUCUGUCAGAUCCAGUACUAUCAGGGCAACAUUUUUGCCGGUGUGGUGGUGGAGAACCUGCACGAGGAGGAGACGCUCCUGCUUGAUGUUAUUCCGAGUGGGGAUAGGAUUCAAGUUGAGUGGAAGUGGCUUCUCGUGGCCGACCCGUCCGAGUACAGGUUGCCCAAAGCAUCACCCAACGCCAUUCCGAUGCCGACCUCGAAGAAAGCCAAGCAGGAGAUCAACGCCAAGCGCCCGGUCGAGGAGAUACCGAGAAAGGGUGAUGAGUUCUCUACUGGAUUUGUCUGGGCCGAGUUCCAUACUGGCGAGCCCGACAAGAACAAGGAGCAAGUCAAGAUUGAUUUGGAAAAGGAGAAUCAAGUAUGGCAUUACCUUGGACCGACGUCUACGGAAGCCAGAGCCCAGUACACGGAGAACCCCUCUAAAAAGCAGCACAACUCCAAGAGCAACUUUCUGGACACGAUACCCAAGCCGCCUCCAGCUUACCCUGUUCAAGUCGCCUCGGCACCUAGGAAAUCGUUCUCGGCAACGUACCCGGCACAACAGCAGACAUUCACUGCGUCGCCAGUAUCGUCAGGGGCAUCAUCGUUAUCCUUUGCGCCAAAGCAGGACAAGCCAUAUGUGUAUAAGCCACGCAAACCUGUCCAGCCACAAACACAGUUCAACGUCCAGUAUACGUCGCACAUGUUUAUGCCGGCACCGCCUCUUCCGUCACCGUCGUACAUGCCUCAGCAGAACCAUCCGUUCUACCAGGCACAAUUGCGACCGAAUGUCCCGCAAACGGUACACCCUUCCCAGGUGUUCAGCCCUCAGCCCAUGCAGUUCGAUGCUCAGCGUAGGCCGUCGCAGCCAAUCCAACCGUAUCCUCAACAGCAAAUGUCACCACAGCAUUUCGCUCAACAUCAGAUGCCCCAGCAAAUGCCGCAACACCAAUUUCAACCGCAGCAGCAACAGCAGCAAUCCCAGCACUUCCAACCGCCGCAGCAGCAGCACUAUCAACAACAGCCUCAGCAGCAGCAGCAGCAUCGUCAUUAUUCCCUGCAGAAUUACCCACAAACCCCUGUCCCGCUGCCUCCCCAGGCUUUCCAGUUUCAGCAGCAGACUCCUGUUCCUUUGCCGCAACAGGUUCAACCGCAACCGCCGCAACAGCAGCAACAGGUUCAGCAGGUUCAAACUCAACCGCCUCAGCACCAGCAGCAACAGGUUCAGCAGAUUCAGCAAACGCCUGUCCCUGUACCCCAGGUGCCUUUGCAACCUCAGCGGUCAGCUCAGAGCUCUCCGCAGCAACAGCAACAACAGCCCCAGGAUGAAGAAGCUCAAUCACCGUCUCCGCCAGCAGAUCCAGCUCAACCACCGUCUCCGCCGCAACCUCUGCAGAAGUCAAGACCCUUCAAAGUGUACAAGGCAUCCCAGUUUAGGAAACUCAAACUCCCCGAGAAGAGGCCAGGCGCUAAGAAAGACCUGCCUGAGGCCUUUGCGUCUUCAAGGUUUUCGUUUGCUGGCAUUGACCGGAUCCAUGACCUUGCCGGAAUUGUAUGGCCUCCGGAAAGCCCAAUUUCAGGCCGUGAAGUUCAGUUCAGACGGAGAGUUUGGUCGCCAUUGAGUGACGAGGGUAUCAUGCCGGCUCCAAUGACUUCGUCGCUGCUUAAGUGUCUUGAUGAUGAUCUGAGGGUCUCAACGAAGUACGAAUUUUUCCAGGUUUAUAAUAACAGGGAUCCGUUGAAGCACCACUCGCCGUAUAAGCCGGCUGUAACUGAACUGGAUGAGACCACUGGGAAGAAAAAGCUCGUUCACGCUGACUUCGCGAACGACUAUGGGGAGAACUUUACAGAAUUCAUGAAGAAGGCUCGUGAAGCCUUGACGAGAAAGGACGUUUCUGAGCCUGGCUCGAGGCCAACGACUAGUCAUGCUCACUCACGCGACGCUUCCUCUGCAUCUGCUCAGCCGAACGAUAGUCAGCUCCAACAGAACUCGUUCACUGGCCAGCCUACGCAGCAGCCAAGAGUCCAACCUCAGUACACUUACAACCAGCACGAGGCUGGAUUCGGUGCACCUUCAUCAUCGUCGCCAUUCUCGAGUCACUCGGUUCCAGGACCAGUGAUGUUCGGUCCUACGGUUGGGCAACAGUCCGGAUCUCACCAAGAUAUGAGGCAGCAGUACCAAGAAGGACCCUGGCAACAGCAGUAUCAAAACCAGGGCAGUCAUAACAUCUGGAUGGGGAGUCCACAAAUGGUGGGCAGCCCUCAACCGCAGAUGUUUUCCCCUUCGUCUCCGGCACAACAGGGUCAUCAUCAUCAUCUGCCUCAACAGCAGCAACAGGUUCAGAACCAGCAGCCUCAGCCGCAACAGCCGGCGAAGCCGCAGUUCACAAAGCAAAGUCAUAGUCCGAUUCCAUUGCCGCCGUAUGUGCAGAAGAUGAACCAGGCCAAGCCAUCGCCGUUGAGCCAGCCCCCACAGACAAACAAUCAGCAGGGAAGUCAAGGAGUUUCCUCGCAACCCCAAGCUCAAAAGCGGCGACAACGAAAAUCGAUUCAGCAGGCGUCAGGGCAAACUAUCUCUCCUACCCAAUUAGGAGUAGGAUCAUCAACACAAGGUCAAGUCAAGCAGACCCAACAGACCUCAAACAACCCCUGGACAAACGCGAACAAUGUGAACUUACAGUUCCCUUCCCCGCUUAAUGCUUCCUCACAACAAGCAGCGCCAGCCACUCCUGCUGCUCCAGCACAAGCACAAUCCCAAAAUGCCUCGGACAACGCACCCGCAGAAGCAGAUGCAGGGGCCGAGCAAGAGAGCGGAGAAGAAGGCCAGGACGACGAAAACUCGUACUUCAAUGAAGCCCAAGGUCUCCAAACCCCUCCCUUGCAAUCGCAACAUCUCUCAUCAACCGACGUCUCCCCCGACCAGAACUACUUUCCUCUUUCGGCACCACCACCCACCCCCCUCACCGGCAUCCAAAACCCCGGUGGCUUCGCCUUCGGCUCUUCCUUCGGUGUCGGUGUAGGCUUUAACGCCGCCUCCGCCUUCAACGUAGCUGCCCUCAGCGGCGGUAUUGCCGGCCUGGGUGCCUUGGGUACGCUUGGCGGUCUUCUCGGCGGUCUAGAAUCGGGUGCCAGCGGGAAUGGAACGUCGAGCGGACGGGCGAGAGGGCUGAGCAGGAGUGGUGAUAAUGUCUUUAUGGGGAGUACGAGUGCUAUAGAGGACGGGGAGGGGGAGUUGGGGUGUGGGAUGGGGGGACAUGGAUCAAGGGGAGGACAAGGCGGCGGUGGUGGUAGCGCGGCAUUGAGUCGCCAGGAUGUGUUGGACAAGAUUUUGUCGAAUUUGCAUCGUUUGGGGACGGAGUAG